AUGAUUCCUCACUAUGCAGCAGGCUCGACUAAAGUUCAAGCUCUCGAUGAGCUUCUGCAGCAAAGAGAUGGAGUACUUCGACGGCUGAAGGAGAACCUCCGUCAGGCACAAGCUCGGAUGAAGCAACAAGCCAACCGUCAUCGCCGGGACUUGGAGUUUCAGGUGGGAGAUCAAGUGUUAGUGCGUUUGCAACCCUAUCGGCAAACUUCAGUUCGAGGCCGCCAAGCGCCCAAAUUAGUUCAACGUUACUACGGGCCCUUCCCUGUCACGGAGAGAAUCGGACAGGUGGCCUAUCGUUUAGAGCUCCCUCAAUCCAGCCGCAUUCAUCCGGUCUUCCAUGUUUCCAAACUCCGCCGAUUCAUUCCGGCCGGCACCACCCCUAUCUGUUCUCUUCCAGCUGAAUCAUUUGAUUCCCGGCCUAUUCGACAACCCUUGGCGAUUUGCGGUGAACGCCAAGUUCUGACACCGGCCGGCCCCCAACGGCAAGUCUUGGUUCAGUGGCAAGGAGAGCCACCGGAGAACUCGACCUGGGAAGCUCGUGAUGACAUGCAACGUCAAUUUCCAUCCUUCAACCUUGAGGACAAGGUUGGUCUCGAAGGAAUGGGGAAUGAUACAAGGCAGGAGCCCACUGCAAUUGGGCCAGAGGAAGUAGAUAAGCCCGCGACUGAAGUGGAAGAAGGCCCAAAUGAAGAUAGCCCAGUUGAAGAUGUUGAAGCUCGGCGCACGAGAGCCCCACCUGCUCGUUUCAAAGACUAUGAGUUGUAUUAG